AUGGCUCGGAGGGAUACAGAUAAAAAUCUGUGGGAGUGGGGAGGGGCAGCUAAAACCCUGGGGCUGAUCGAUAGAGGAUCAAAGGUUAUUUCAGAUUUCAGAGGGCCUCAGAGACCUUCAGAGCAAGAUUAUAACACCAUUCCCAUUUCUAGUUACUCCCGUCUGUGUGCUAAACGUACCCACAAUCUCUUCCAGCAGGACUUCAGCUGUUACAAGCACUUUGGAAGGAAGCUGCUCACAGCUCUCUGCUUAGACCUAGCCACGACGAGGACGUCUACGUGUGUAUACCACUUGUUUGUCUUGAGCUGGUAUAUCUUCCUCAACUUUUAUAUCUCACCAGAAGGAGAGGAUCCGCGGAUAUCCCUAAUCUUUCAAAAUGGGGGAAAAUGGAAGUACCUAACAUUGCUUAAUCUGCUCUUGCAGGCCAUUUUCUUCGGGGUGGCCUGCCUGGAAGAUGUGCUGAAAAGAACCAAAGGGGAAAAAGACAUUAAGUUCAUAACGGCCUUCAGAGACCUGCUUUUCACCACACUGGCUUUUCCAGUAUCCACAUUUGUAUUUCUUUCAUUCUGGAUUAUCUUUCUCUACGAUAGAGAACUCAUUUACCCUAAGGUCCUAGAUACCAUCUUUCCAGUGUGGUUGAAUCAUGCAAUGCACACGUUCAUCCUGCCCUUCUCGCUAGUCGAGGUCAUCCUCAGACCACACAGCUACCCGUUGAGGAAGAAAGGACUCACUCUGUUGACUGCUGCUGGGCUCACCUAUGUCAGCAGGAUCCUAUGGAUCUACUCUGAGACGGGUACAUGGGUAUAUCCUAUGUUUGCCAAACUCAGCCCAGUGGCUCUAGCAGCCUUGUUCUCUCUCAGCCACAUCUUUGUCAUCGGCAUCUACCUAUUUGGAGAGAAGCUCAACCACUGGAAAUGGGAGAGCUUUGGAUCCAAAGAGCAUAGUGUCACCAUCCCCUCCAUGAAAAAAUGGACUCAGAACCUCCCUCUCUUGAGUGAGGACUUGAGAUUCACAAGCUCUUCAAUGUCAAGAUUUCUUCUUCGACUGAAAUGGGUCCAGGUGACCUUCUGA